GAAGUGAGGCCUCAUCAUUACAUACGUUCGAUUUUACCUGAGGGACCUGUCGGUCAAAAUGGUACAUUACGAUCAGGAGACGAAUUGUUGGAGGUAAAUGGUUACCGUUUGCUCGGUAUAAAUCAUAUGGAAGUAGUUAGCGUUUUAAAAGAAUUGCCUAUACACGUUCGUAUGGUUUGCGGAAGGAAUGUGGCCUCCCAGGAUCCAUUAUGUCCCAUCGAUACUGCUCAACAUCAAGCAGCCUUUCAAACCAGAAGUAUUCUUGGUGGAUCCCUUCAAAAUCUUUUACCGACAAUGGAUAGACUUGUAAAAGCAAAAUCUGAUGGAUCCUUGGCUUCAACUACUACGACCGCAACAGUUACUGACGCUAGCCUGAACAAAAUGAAGUCACGAUCAUUAGAACCAUUAACGGGCUUGGCUAUGUGGAGCUCAGAACCGCAAAUUAUCGAGCUGGUUAAAGGAGAGAGGGGCCUUGGGUUCUCCAUUUUGGAUUAUCAGGAUCCAAUGAACCCCAACGAAACUGUGAUAGUAAUAAGAUCGCUCGUUCCUGGUGGUGUGGCACAAGUCGAUGGCCAACUUAUACCAGGUGAUCGGCUUCUGUUCGUGAACGAUAUCGCUUUAGAGAAUGCAACUCUUGACCAAGCUGUUCAGGCUCUGAAAGGUGCACCAAAAGGAACCGUACGCAUAGGAGUGGCCAAGCCGUUACCCAUACCAGAUAGUAUCGUACAGAGGGUACCACCAAUCUGUACGGUUCGACGCAGCCGAAGCUUCCCGAACGAGAGUUCCGAAACGACCGAUCGUGCAGCCGAGUUUGAAGAUUUCCUUUCAUCGAGAUCGGGUAUGACCGACAUUUCGACCGGCGUUCAAGUUAUUGCCGAUAGAAAGGAAGAAGAUAAGAAUCGGAAACAACGUCAACGUCAGCAAGAACAACGGCAACGUUAUGAGGAGAAUGAAGAGCUGGAGGAGGAAGAGGAGGAGGAGGAGGAUCAUUGGAAAGAUGCUUUGCCAUUAACGCCAAUCUCAAGUCCUACGAAGUUGAAACAAUCAAUGAAAGAAAAAUCGAGGAUAUUAUCGAAGAAUGAAAAAGAAAUCGACUCGUCUAAUAGAUAUUAUCCAACUAAUGAUAAAAUUCAUACGGAGGAAGACGUAAUCACGCCAACGAUUGAGACAAUUUCGAUCGGGAAGGAUGGCAAAGAGAUUUAUGAAAUUCCAGACGUGAUAACGCGCGUAGAACAAGCUGCGCCAAAGGUUAAAUUAAAAGAGAAAGAUGAAGGAGAUAUUCGAGAAAGGGAUGAAGAUAUUAGAAAGAAACAGGAAGAUAAAGAUAAGGAUGUCGAGGGAAAGGAGAAGGAAGAAAAAGUUAUUGUCGAUUUGUCUGACGUAUCGGCAUUAAGAAGAAAGAAAUCGGAGGAAGAGAAAAGGAAGUGUCUUAAUACGUACGAUGGUACGGAGUCAAGGGAAGAAGGAAUAUCUACAGAAACAUUGGAUAAAUCCGAGGAAUCCUCCGAAAGGAUUUCGAAGAAGAGGAUAAGAAAUGAGAGGGAAGAUGAUGUUGUUGCCGGUGUUAAAAGGAGAUCGAAGAGAAGAGAGACAGAGAGAGAUAGAAGAUCAAAAGACGGGGAUACAAGUAGAAGGAGAAGAUCCAGGGAGGAGAGGAAGAGUCUGAAGGAACAGGAGUGCAUCGAGAGGGUCACUCAGUAUCUCAGGAAGCAUAGCUCGCUAACCGCAUUUAACGAGCCAGAGCCACCGGAGUACUCAUAUUCGACUUUCGACGAGGAUAGUUCGUUGUUACGUAGUUUGGACGACGAAAGAAAGAAACGAAUGGAAUUAGAGGCCAUCGUUCAGAAAGAAAAAGAAAAGGAUAAAAAAGAGAUAAAAGAGGAGGAAGAGAUUAAAAAGAAAAUGGACGAAGAUUUGAAUGUUAUUAAAAUCGUGGAAACGAAAUCUUCUUUAGACGAGAAAAAUAUAUCCGACGAUAUUAAGAUCGUCGAAUCUGAUCGAUCGAUAGAUGAAUUUAAUAUUAAUAAUAAAGAACAUGUACGUAUGGACGACGAACCAAACGUAAUCGUAGAUACGAUGGGAAUUAGAAGAACUGAAUCCGAUGGAUUCGGUGAAACUAUGAGAAGUUUAAGAAAUAAACGAUCAUUGAAACCAUCGAUAUCGGAUACCGAUGUUGUUAAAUCGAGUAAACGACCUAGCUCAUUGAGAAAAAGAAAAGAUAUGGUUUCUAAUGAAUCCUCAAAGGAAUCACUACUCGAGGAAUCGAAGAAGGAAGUUAGGAUAAGGGAAACCGUACAAGAGAUAUUCUUUGAGGAUAAUAGCGAUCAAUUGUCGACAUUAAUACCGGAAAUACAAUUGGUUAAAGCGAGGAUAAUUACGGCCGAGGAAGUGGCUAGUGCACGUUUCGAGGCUAAAGAUUUACGAAAAAUUGAAAUCUAUUCGCCGGCUGACGUUGUUUUUAUUCGUCAGGACGAUGAUACGAUCGAAAAGGGUCAAACAUCACGUGUAAUACCUUCUUCAUCUUCUUCAUCUUCCGAAUUAAAAUUGCCGUUAUUAGGUAAAUCAAUUUCGGAAAAUACUUUGACAAACGAUGAUAUUAUCAUAGACGAUAACAAAAUUUCUGAGAGAAACAUUAAGCCAGAAAUUUUAUUGGAUUUGUCGAAGGUAUCCGAAAUAGUGGAUGAUGAUACUAUAGUUACGGACAAAGAUAUAGAUAAUAAAGAUAAGAAGGUACUUAAUAGGACAGGUAGUGAAGGUUCAAAGAGAUCGUUCAUUGGUGCAAAAGAGAAAUUCUUUGAUAAACGUGACGUUAAGAUUAGUGCUCCUCUAUCGUUGCCUAGUGAACCGAAAUCGGAACUGACAGAGGACGUUUUAGUGAUUCGUAAAGAUGUUAAGAAAUUAGAAGAAGACAUAUCCAAGGAUUUCGAUGGCAAAGAAUCGAGCUUGGAAGAACGUGCAGACCGUGAGGAGAAAAGGAAACAGGAACAGCGACAACAACAACAACAACAACAACAACAACAACAACUGUUACAGCUACAACAGGAACAGGAACAGGAACAACAGCAGGAAUCAAAGAAAUCUUUAACAGAGGAAGACGUUAUCAAGGAGAAAAAGGAAGAAUUAAGUGGGGAAGUAGUAGAUUAUGAAAAAAUCCUCCGACAGCAGGUGGAGGAACGUCCGCUGCUGGAGGAGGAUAAAACAUUAUUGACUUGUCAGGAGGAGGAUAAUUUGAUAAGUAAGGAACAUUCCUUGGAAUAUCAAAGUCAGACAUUAGAGAGUCAAUUGGAAUCUUUGACUUCAGCUGAACCAACGGUAGUACCAGUUGUCCCAAGGAAUUUCUUCAAAUCUGUACCGGACAGUUGGAAGCGCGAGGUCAACGAGGAAAGUUUCGACGAUAUAGAAAGAAGUUACAAGGAGACACAAUCAUCGCCACGUGAGAAACGUGAAGUUGAAACACAGACGGUACAAGAGACGAAAAGUACUCAAUGUAGUCCGGAUCAAAGUUUAUCGAGUACAGCGGAGAUCUUUGAGACGGCCGGGAUACACGUGGCAUUGAGAUUUUAUCAAAGUCCAAAGAGGGAAGUUCAAACGCAAACCCAAGGUGAAAGUAAAAGUAUUCAAUGCUCGUUGGAUGAUUUAAUAUAUCAUGAAUUAUCGUUUGAUCCACGAUUACUUGGUAAAACGUUCGACAAUUUAGUUAAAACCGAACGAAUACAAAUUCAAGAGUCUAAGAGCGUACAAUGUAUACCGGAGGAUAUCUCGAGUGAGCCAAAGUUUAAAUCAAUAGUGGAUAACAAGAAGUUGAAGGAGGAGGAGAGGAAGAAGAAGAAGAAGAAGGAGGAUUCGUUAUUAGGUUUACGUAAAGAAGUAGAAGUUCAAACUUAUCAAGAAUCAAAAGCCGUUCAAUGUACCGACGAAGAGUUACAAUCUUACGAGACUGAUCGUACUUUAGAUAAAUCAUCGAACAGACCGGAUAGCUUAACAACCACUCGAAAUACCGAAAUCUCUUUGGUUCCCUCGUCCCGUAAACUUGCCACGGUUGUCUUUGUCGAGGGUAAAACUAUCAUGACGGUCACGCAAAGAGAUCACGAUGGUAACAUCGCCUGGUCUAAUCAUUGGGGACCAGAAAGGCUCGUAGAAAUUUACAGAGAACCCAAAACCAGCUUGGGACUUAGCAUAGUAGGUGGAAAGGUCGAUUUGCACAAUGGCAGCUCCAGUAAGUCGCAGAACAUAUCUGGAAUAUUCAUAAAGAAUGUUUUGCCUAACAGUCCAGCUGGAAGAACUGGAGAGUUAAAGAUCGGUGACAGAAUAAUCGAAGUUGACGGCGUGGAUCUACGGAAUAGUACGCACGAGCGAGCGGUCGAGGUCAUUCAAGCGGCCGGAAAUCCUGUCUGCCUCCUCGUCCAAUCUCUGGUGCAUCUGAGUACCGAGAACGAGAGCAAUUCUCAAGAUGGUAGAAGCAAAAGUCGUUUGCCCGUGUCUGGCGUAGCUCCUGGAACACCCACAGCAUCAUUUCGACAAAAACCUUCGCCGAUAUCACCAGUCAGAUCCAUCACGCCGGAAGUGAUUCAGGGUGGUGUCGAAGACAGUGACAAAACUCCUUCGAGAGAUUUCAAAAGGCAGAGUAUAAGAAGUACAGAUGGCGCUGGUCCUAGUGCACGAAGAUCCUCCAUGAAAAAAUCGGUACGUAAAAAGGCGCCAUCGCCGCCAAUAAAUCCUGGAAUAUUACGUGAAGUUAGCGAGGAACGGGAGGAUCAUGGUCCACCUGUGCAAAAACCACCCGCAAAGAAAUACUCCUCGGAGGAAAGUUCCGAGGAGGAGGAUAUACGUGAAUUGGAGGGUAACGUUUAUACGAAGAGCGGAAUGGAGAUAUCCAGAAAGAGUGCUGGCAAUGUAAAAAGAUCGAAGGCCGAGAUCGAUGCUGAUCCAGAAGAAGAGGAUGAAUUUGGUUACACAAGUAUGAAGAUACAAAAGAAAUAUCACAAUCUGGGUCACAAGGUACUAAUGGUGAAGGUAGAAAAAGAACGUGGUAGUUUGGGUAUAUCUCUUGCCGGUCACAAGGACAGAAAUCGAAUGGCUGUCUUCAUUUGUGGCAUCAAUCCGAAUGGUUCUGCUCAUAAAGUUGGUGGACUUGCCGUUGGCGACGAAAUACUCGAAGUGAAUGGUAUGGUGUUAAAAGGAAGAUGUCACUUGAACGCUUCGGCAUUGAUAAAGUGUAUGGCCGGUUCAUUCUUCAAGAUCAUAGUACUUCGAAAAACGCAUGGGACGGAUGAUAUAGCUGUAAAACCAUUGGUCCAAUUCCCACCUAUCUUAGACGAGAGCGAACAAUUUAGCGGAUACAAAGGAGUCCGUGUUGUCCCAGUAAAAAAGGGACAAUACGGUCUUGGUAUAAUGAUCAUCGAGGGUAAGCACGCUGAGGUUGGUCAAGGAAUAUUCGUUUCGGAUAUACAGGAAGGUAGUGCUGCUGAACAGGCAGGUUUGCAAGUCGGUGAUUUGAUUCUAGCCGUUAACAUAGAUUGUCUUCUCGGCUCGACUUACGAUGAGGCUACGAGUCUCUUGAAGAAGGCCGAGGGCGUCGUUAAGUUGACCGUUUGUAAUCCAAAUCAAAGUAAAAUUGGUCAAGAUGGUAAAGAGAUAAAGCCCCCUGAGCCCGAAGUUAAACCAGUGGAAAAAAAAGAACCAGAAAAACCGAAGGAACCAGAGCCACCUCAGGAUCCAAAGGAUUGUAAGAUUCAAGUUGGAAAGGAUACUACUAUAGAAUUUCAAAAAGAAAAGGACAAGGGAAUAGGUUUCACUAUAACUGGUGGUAGUGACACACCAAUGAGCGGCGUAUUUAUUCUGGAAGUAUUUCCUGAUGGAGCAGCUGGUAAAGAUGGCCGAUUACAAGCUGGGGAUCAAAUUCUUGAUAUAUGCCAAGAAAGUUUCAAAUCUAUCGAACAUGAGAAAGCUCAUGCUGCAGUAUUGAAAAUUACGGGAACAAUAAUUAUGGUGGUACAUAGAAGCGAUAAAUCUCCGGAAGAGGUUGAGGUCGAAUUACAAAAGAAAUCAGGCAAAGGAGCUGGUCUCUGUUUGACCGGAUUUAAAAGUGGCAAGGGUGCUUACGUUUCCGAUCUGUUACCAGGUGGUAGUGCUUUGGAAAGUGGUAAAAUUUGCAAAGGCGAUCGAGUCGUAGCCAUUUGCGGACAGGACGUACGCGAAGCACCGGUCGAGGAUAUCGCGGUUCACAUCAAAGUUUCCAAUCCGGUGCAACUCAAAUUGGCUAGGUACAAGUCCGCUAAGCAAUGACAGGGUUCUGCGGGCGGAACUCUAAAAAUUUAUCGGAAAGAAACCAAAAGGAGAAUAAUUCACAGACAGCGUGGAUAACUAGUGUGAUAUAAUAUAACAAAUAUAAUAAUAAUAUAUCUAUUCGUAAUGCUUAAGCUAAUUGAUCAUAAUGACGAAUUUAACAAUAUUACUCGACAAGACGUAUCACCACCAAAUAUCUAUGUACGAUUCCGAGCGAUUUUCUUUCUUUUUCAUCUUUUCAAAAGAGUGCAUAUAUGAAUUUAAAAGAAUACGUGUAUGCGCGUACGGAGAAGAAAGAAGAAGAAGAAGAAGAGGAAAAAAAAAAGAAAAAGAAAAUGACAAACGAAAACAAGUGAAAGCAAGCAAACGAACGAAUGAAACAAAAAAAAAGAAAAAUAAAUAAAUAAAUAAAUAAAUAAGAAAAAGAUAUGACACAUAAACGUAGCCAUUACGGAGGGAACCAAAAGUCGUCGAAUCGCUUGAUCGAUUUAAAAAAAAAAAACGGGAAAAGGAAAAAGAGAAAAAAUAAAGAACAAGAAAAAAAAAGAAACAAAAACAAAGCUAGUCGAUGAAGAGAGAGAGAAAACAAAAAAGAAAAAAGGAAAAAAAGAAAAAAAAAAAGAAAACAAAAUUAAAAUUAAACAAACAACCAAAAGGACGUGAGCUUUUUUUUUCAAAGGGCCUCGUCGACCUUGUAAAGAUUCCGUCUGCCGUGAUUUUUUUAAUCCGGCAAGUAGCCGAUACAUGAUUACUAUACACGUUAUUACUACUAUUACUACUACUAUUACUAUUACUAUUACUAUUACUACUACUACUACUACUACUACUAUUAUUAUUAUUAUUAUUAAUUAUUAUUACCAUUACUAUAUUACUAUUAUUAAUUAUGAAACAAUAUAUAUAUACAUAUGAGAAGAAAAAAAAAAGAGUAUUUAUGCAAUCCUAGAGACUAAUAUUGUAAUAGCUCCGAGUACGACUCGCCUUUUAGUAUUAUAAAUCGUAGAAGAUAAUUAUUAUAAAAAAAAAA